UGAUUUUAAGGCCAAUCAAGGCAUUCCAGAUCAAAUGGUAAUUUAAAUUGAGGGUAACGAGGUGGGCGGGGUUGGGGCUCCUAGGGGCGGAGUUUGAAGGAGCGGCGCCGUAGAAUAGGCGGAGGGUGACUGGCAGUCAUUUCUUUCCCGGAAUGACUCCACCCACCACUACUGCCACGCCACCUUACUCGAGUCCCUCGGCGCCACCCACCCACGAGGCACCUGUCACCGCACACUUCCGCCCCCCGACACCUGAUGGCAUCUUAACUGCUUCCUGGAGUCACUUGACGCCGUCUGAGACAUCACCUGAAGCCAACCACCUACGAGAUACUGAAUCUGAGCAUUGCGAAAAGAGGAGCCGCAUAAGGUGACUGGCGGACGAGGAGGGUGUGUUGCACGUGGUGUUGCCAUGUACGCCCGACGGGAGGCGCUGAAACAAGAGCAGGACAUCUCUGACGGCACCACCAGGAGGGAGUGGGAGCGUCGAUCAGAUGGUGCUCCCUUCCACCUCCCUCUCACAGCCGCUUCAGGGCCCAGAAUGCCGGGGCCGCCCAGGUGUCAAGUGUCUCAGGUGGUGGAGCCGCUUGUCGUGCCUGAUCCAAUUAAUGUUUACCUGCUGGCACGAGGGCAGGUGUGUCGCUGCCUGCCCUGGGCCACCUGUCAGCACCACCAUCCAUACUUAUGGCUGUGGCCGCACCUCCUCCCACCCUCCAGUCCCUUCCGUCUGCACCUCCCCAGUCCCGCUCAGCACGCUAGCGGCCUGGCAUCAUGGCGCCCCGGGUUUGCAAUGGACAACCUCCUGGUUCCUCGAGAUGGGUGGCCUGCACACCUGCCGUCCCUAGCCCCGCACGCCGCGCCCCCAGCCACGGACACUGACGCGGGAGGCACCUCGGUACCCCAAACCUCCAGCAGCAAGCGGCGCCGAGACUCCAGUGGGAAGCGAACGAGGCGCCACCGCACAAUCUUCACCGAGGAACAGCUGCAGGAACUGGAGCUCACCUUCCAGAUCACCCACUACCCUGACGUCCUCCUACGGGAACAGCUGGCCCUCAAGGUGGAUCUGAUGGAGGAAAGAGUGGAGGUUUGGUUCAAAAACAGACGAGCAAAAUGGAGAAAACAAAAAAGGGAAAGCCAAAAGGCCUCCUCAGAGAUGAUCGCUACGCCGUCACGACUUCAGGACACCGCCUCCAAUACAACAGGGCAGCAGCAAGCCAGCCCAAACUCCCGCGGUCGCAGCAACAGGAAGAGCAGAGUGAGGGGUGAGGUGGUGCCCCAACAAGCCUCCCUUCACCGCCACACUCUGAAAGGCGGUGCUAAGGUGUCCCAGCAAAGAGGUGCUCUUGAGGAAACAAACGACGGGAAGCCUUCCAAUGAAGAGCGUGAAGGAGGCAGCAAUGGACCAGAGCGUGGAACAGCUGGGUGUGAUGGCAAGACCCAGGAAGACAGGUUAGAAGAGGUUAUGCUUAGAUUAGAGAGCGCAAUGUUUUCAGAGGCUAUAGGGAUGAUUACUGGGGUUUUCAUGGAGGUGUUUUCUGUUGGUGAUGCAGGAUCCGCCUUCAUCUCUCACCAGAAUCACGAAAACACUAACGAUGUGUGCACUGCAACUCGUUAA